AGGCAGAGGGCCUGGCGGUUCCGAGGGCCACCCAACAACCAGGCACCUGCCGGGGGGCUCUGGGACAUGAGUUCGAGCCUGCAGUUUGCUUGACAGUUGCCAGACUAUGUUUAAACUUCUGGUUCUACUCAGCCACCUGCCCGUAGUUAACUUCGCGUUUCCUCAUUGCAUAAGAAGUCCAAAGGAUUCCAGGCAUGCGACAGAAAAAGUCUUUACUUCAAAAGAAGAAGCCAACGUUUUCAUACAUCGGCGCCUCCUCUAUAAUAGAUUUGACUUGGAACUCCUCACGCCUGGUAACCUUGAGAGAGAGUGCAACGAAGAACUCUGUAAUUAUGAGGAGGCCAGGGAGGUCUUUGUGGACGAAGAUAAAACGAUGAAGUUUUGGCAGGAGUAUACCAUUCAAGGACCAUCACCAAAAUCUGAGGAUCACGGAGAAAAAGUGGAUGCUUUCGGCCUUUUGAUUGGAUUGAUCGCUGCUGGAGUAUUUUUUAUUAUUUCUGGACUGCUUUGUUACUAUAUUUGUAUCCCUAAAUGUCGGAGACAACAAUCUUCCAGGUCUUCAGCCGUCUAUGUAAGAAGCAACAGGCACACUCCCUCCAUCCUUGUCGUAGGACCUGAGGAGCCUGCUUUGUCUCCACUGUCACCUUCAACAGAGGACACAGAAUUACCUUCUUAUGAACAGGCAGUGGCACUGACAAGAAAACACAGUGUUUCGCCACCGCCACCAUAUCCUGGCCCAGCAAGCGGGUUUAGGGUAUUUAAAAAAUCUAUGUCACAACCAUCUUGUUAAGACCAUUUUGCCAUCUUGGAGGUAUAGGGAAUUCAUGUUACUUGAAUGGUUCAUUCUGCAAAGAAGGAGUAAGCGAAUGGACUGCACCACAGACAGGACUGGCUAUGUCUUGGACCUACACUUGACCAUUGCCAGCUUGAUGGAAAACUGUAACUCUAUAGACUUGCAGUUAAGAACGAAGUACUUUUUUUGGUAAUGGUUGUUUUAAUGGUUCAAAAUAUCUGUUUUUAUUGAUGGAAUAGUUAGAACUGGUGAACAAUUUGUAUCCUUUUAUACAGAUAAAGGUAUAGAUUUCUUGUGUUGAA